AACCAGCAACUCUGCUUCCAUUUCCCUGAUUCCAUUCUUGCCCCGCCCUCUCAGCGAGCUGACGCCAUCACGCCUCCGUCCCGUUUCCCUAGUAACUGCGCGAGGCCCCAGGAGCUGACCAUGGAGGCGCGACUGGGGACCUUAGGCCCUCGGGCGCUGUGCUGGGCCCUGGUCGUGGGGAUGCUAAUGUGGACGAGUUCGCCGUUGACGGGGGAAGGUCUGGGCCCUGGUUCUGCAGCCGGAGUCGGACUGGUGGGGCCGGUUGACGUGACUUCUCCGCUCCCAGGUCCCCGGAGCGGGAGUAGCGGCAACCCUGACCCUGUGAGGGUCGGAGGGGAGAGUGUGACCCCUGACCUUGUGAGGGUCGGAGGGGAGAGUGUGACCCCUGACCUUGUGAGGGUCGGACGGGACAGUGUGAUCCCUGACCCUGCGAGGGUCGGAGGGGACAAUGUGACCCCUGACCCUGUGAUUAUCCCAGGGGAGAGUGUGACCCCUGAUCCUGAGAGUGUGACCCCUGACCCUAUAAGUGCUGGAGGGGACAGUGUGACCCCUGACCCUGCAGUGGCUGGAGGAGGCAGUGUGACCCCUGACCCCACAGUGACCAGAGGAGGUAGUGUGACCCCUGACCGCCCAGGCUCACAAGGGGCGAGUGUGACCCCUGAACCCAACCUGUGGUCCAGUCAUUCCGUGAACCCGGGUGACGAAUCAUCUAAAUGUCUGACAACAGCUGUUCCCAUUUGUAUCUGUGACUUGAUUGAAGGACUCUGUGAAAUCGGCUGUUGCUGUGACCUUGACUGUUCCAAUGAGGACGUUGGUGCCUUCUCUUCAUGCCUGCCUGGUAGUGAACCGGUUAUCAACAAGGUGUGCGUUGAAAGUUCGGUGAUGUUCACCAGUAACAGCCCAUUUCCUGCAGGUUUCAUUGAAGAUGGUCCAGACGCACUCUUCUGUGUAUUUGUUAAUAAUCCAAAGACAAAUUUCUAUGUGACACCACAGCACAUUGACAGAGAGAGUUUUCCAUUGCUGGUUUCACAGUUUGGCAGAGGUUCUUUUAUUCGCCCUUUGGAGCGGCAAAGCAGCAAAUGGCCUGAAACAUUAUCCAAAGCUUCCUAUCAGGUUGGUGACCAGAUCAAAGUCUUCCUGUUGGAGUCGUUUUCACUGGGCAUUUUGCGGCAGCCGACAGCAUUGACAGGAGGAGAAUGCACUGACAGGAAUCCGGUUGGUUUUCUGCAGGAUCGUAGCACCACUUGUACCCGGAGUGUUAGAAAUCUGACUGAUAGUUGCGAUAUGCUGGCGUCAUUGAAUGCCGUCAAGUAUUAUGAGAAGAUGUACUUAUUAUCGACCCCGAAUAUUACCUUUGUGGAGAGCUGGAUGAAUGAAGUGAAUGGGACGAAGCAACAAUUGUGGAACAAAAAAGCAAAUCAUACAGUUCAAAUUUCAGUUGGCAAUGAAAGUGUGCUACCACCGUGGGUGUCGAACAACAUGUGCAAGAAUGUGGUGUCAGAGGUGACCUAUCACAUCAUGCAUGAUGGAAAUGAAGGGAUCGUUGGUGCCAAAGCAGCCUUUCGCUUCACUAAUGUCUCCUUCUCUGUCUCCAAGAUCCAGCAGAGAUUUAAUGUUUUCUUCCUAAGGAUGACGGAAAGUAUACCAGCAAAGAGACGGAGUGGGAAUCCUGGAUACCUGAAAGGAAAACCCAUCCUGGCCUUCAAUGGUGAAGAAGCUGCAAGCCUAACAAUCCUGAAGAGUAGCAGUGACGGGUCCUGUUCUCAGUUUUUUCGGUCCGACAUAUUAUUUCAGCACAACAUGAGAGCUGACUGUUUGCACAGUUUUGAGUCUGGAAGUACGUGUAGUGAUCGCCAGACGGACAUCAACUCGCUGCUCCUCGGGAAUGAUCCGCCCGACUCGCUCGGCAUUCUGGGCAAUGCCAGCGGUAGAAAUCCGGAAAGUCUGACCAAGAUCAUCAGCCCAGUGCCCGAGGCUUUGAAUGUGAACUGUCAGUCCAGUUGCACCCUGGCUACUGCUUUAGAGAUUCAGAUUCUGUGGGCAAACGUGGGCCCUCUCGCCAAUCCCCAGGCAGCAGUGUUAGGUGCCCGUUUCCACUACCAGAAGCAAGAUGUACAGUGUUCAUCUAGCAGGGUAACUCUGAAAACCUUUGUGACCUUUGUUGAUACAACGCGAUAUCCGCCAGCACCCAGAGACCAACCAACCAUUGAGCAGAAGCUGCCAUUCGAUUUCUUCUAUCCCUUCAAGGUCUACAGUAGCGGAAUGCGUAUGUAUUCAGCAUCGAUACUCGGUACAGUUGGCAGUGUCUUUCUGACAGGAUUUCUGGCUCAGCGCUGAAGUUACAACACACAGAUUGAUCUCCUAUCAAGUCCAUUUCAAAACCGGUGGGAACAGGAUUUUGAUCUGGUGGUAGUCAGCAACAAACUGAGUGGAGUGGCUGUCACUGUGUCCUGAUCUGGAAUUCAGGGAGAAACACUCACUGUCUCUGCACUGGGAUUAGAGGAUUAGCUCUCGCUGGUUCUUGAACUUUGAUUAGGGUAUCAGCUUUCAUUGUCUCUCCACUGACAAUUUUUCACUGUCCCUGAACUGGCUUUAGGUGAAUAAAGGGCAUGCAUCGGUAUUCGGGAAUGAGCUGGUACUCGUUCCUGAAUUUGAAAGAGUGAUGUAAUUGUCACUGUCACUUUCCUGAAGAAGGGCCUGUGCCCGAAACGUCGAAUCUCCUGUUCCCUGGAUGCUGCCUGACCUGCUGUGCUGUUCCAGCAAUAAAGUUUCAACUAAUUGUCACUGUCCUCCAACUGGGAUCAGGGGAGUAGCUCUCACUGUCCCUCCACUGGGAUUAUGAUAAAGGUCUUACUGGUUCUUCCACUGGGAUGUGUGGAGUUACUUUCGCUGUGCCUCUCCUGGGAUGAGAUCAGUCGAUCUCUCUCUCUCUCUCUCUCUCUCUCUGCACUGGGAUCAGGGAGUGUGUAACUCUCACUGAUCUUUUGACUCACUGGUCUCAGGGGUUUCACUGGUUCCUCCAUUAGAAUGAGAGGGGUAUGUCACAUUGUUCCCACACUGGGAUUAUUUUUCACUGGUUCCUCUAGUAGGAGAUGGGGAAUAACUCUUAAUGUCCUUCCAUGGGGAUGUGGGGAGUGACUCACAUGGUUUUUCUAAUGGAAUGAGGGGGAAUGGCUUUCACUGUCCCCUCCAGUUGGAUUAGCAGGGUAAAAACAAUGACUGCAGAUGCUGGAAACCAGAUUCUGGAUUAGAGGUGCUGGAAAAGCACAGCAGUUCAGACAGCAUCUGAGGAGCAGUAAAAUCAACGUUUCAGGCAAAAGACCUUCAUCAGGAAAACUGCUGUGCUUUUCCAGCACCACUAAUCCAGAAGUUGGAUUAGCAAAUCAACUCUCAGUGAUUCUUGCACUGGGGUUUGGGGAGUAGCUCUCAUUGUUCCUUCACUAGGUUUAGGGGAAUAGUUCUAAAUCCCUGCAGUGGAAUUAGACGAUUAGCUCUCACUGUCUCACAAUUGAGUUGAGGAAAACAGCUGUCAUUUCCUGCAUUAAGACUUUUGGCAAUAGCUUUGCAGCUGUUACCAUCCCUACACUAAAUUGGGUUUUGCUAUCCCACUUUAAUCACUCCAUUUGGAAGACUAAUGUCUUCAGGAAUAAAUAAAGUUAAGUAAGUAAGAUUGCUACAAUUUCAAAGGGCCAAAGGGCUACUCUGUCUCGAGAGGGAUGACUGGUGGUUGUGAAACCUGAGAGUCACCACACCUCAGGCAAGGGGUGAGGUGAGACUUCCCCGUAGCCUCAGCUGGUGUGGGAAUUGAAUGCACACUAUUAGUGUCACUCUGCACAGUAAAUCAGAUGACUAGCCAAUCAAAAUAACCAACGCCCUACAAAUUAUGACAUUUCAGGCUCAUCAUGCAUUUUGGGCCAAAAAUCUGGCCCAGUUGGCACCUUCUUUGGUAAGGGUCAGAAUCAAAGAGAACACUCCUGUGGAAUCUGUGCAUUGGGUUGAUCUUUCUAUGGUCACUUCAUAAUCAGUCCCAGUAAUUUAAGGUCAAAGUGUAUAAUUUGUCUACUUAUUCUAAUCUAAAUCUUUGUAAAUAAAUAUGAUUCUUGUAAUUGUA